AUGACAAUGAAUCUGAACUGGACACCAUUAAUUCCAGUGACAAUGAUGAAAUUGACACACUAUCAGAUCUUCCAAGCUGCUUACUCACUAUCAAACACUGCCAAGGACAACAUGCUCAAAUUGAUUGGUGCUGACCCAUGCGAAUUGCCUGAGGGUGAAUUGGCCAAGUUUGUCAAGAGCAUCCCAGAUGAUCACAUGACUAAGGGUGAUAUCUCAAUAAUUGCAAACUCAAUUGCCAAUAUCAAAAAACUACUCAAACAUGUAAUCCCUGUGCAAGACCAGAUUCUCAACUUCUGUGGAGUCUCACCUGAGUGGCAUGCUGCAGACACAGUCUCGCGAUUCCUAAGGACUAGUGUUGCAUAUUUGGAGGACAUUCAGAUGCUUGAAAUGUCUGGAGGAGUUCCCAAGCUUACAGCAGCACACUUGUUGGGAGAGCUGAUAGUCAAAUCACCAAUGGCAUCCCAGAAAUGGACCUCUUCCAAACAAGAGGAAUGGCUGAGUCCAUGGGACAAGAUCAUUGUCAUGGAUCAGGCUGAAGCUGACAGGAAAAAGAAAUUAGAAAACUGUUUCAAAAACAGCCUCAGGGCCACAAAGACAGGUUGCCAAGCAAGGGCUGAGGCCACAAACAUCUUCAGUGCAGUGCUGAAGAGUGUCACUGAGGUGCAAAAGCCCAUGCACUCCCUCCAGGAAGUUGAGGCAUAUUCUAAACUGUACUACCAGAGGUGCAUUAAAUCAAUAGUCAAUAACAAACUAAAGGCAGAGGCUGAAGCACUGCAAGCCAAAAAUAAGGCACUCACAAAUGGAAUGCGAGUUGCCAUUAUCAAAAAGGAGACAGCAAACCUCUACAAAGUAGAGACCAAUGAGGUUAAGGUGGAGGUGUGGAGGUACAUCGAGGAUGCAAAGAUGCGCAAAGAUAACAAGAAGGUCGGGAUGUGGUCAGAAGACUGA